AUGGCCCCCACCGCCGUCUUCACCCAAAACGCCCCCGCGCCCAUCCCGCAGCUCAGCCAAGCCAUCAAGCACAACGGCAUGGUGUUCUGCUCCGGCUCUCUCGCCACCGAUCCCAAGACUGGAAAGUUCAUCGAGGGUUCCUUCCAAGAUCGUGUGAGACAAUGCCUCGACAACCUCAAGGAGGUCCUCCUAGCGGCGGGAAGCAGCCUAGACCAUGUCGCAAAGGUUAAUGUCUUCUUGACCGACAUGAAGAACUUCAAGGACAUGAACGAGGUUUAUGAUCAGUUCUUUACCAAAGAGCCCAAGCCGGCGCGGACUUGUGUAGCUGUUUACCAGCUGCCUUUGGGGACUGAUGUUGAGGUGGAGUGCAUUGCUGCUGAGAUGCCAAAGGCUAAGCUCUGA